CAUUGACUCCCGUUUUUUCAGAUUUCUGGCAUAACUUUGGAAUACAUCUGCUUCUUUCGAUUUUCGAUAUCCGAAGCUUUUUUAUAGAGAUGAUUUGCACUUAAUCGUCUUUGUCUUUUGUGCUUUUGCAAUUGGAUAUCUUGUAACGUUUAAAAACUUAAUUUUAUUAAGGACAUGAAAGAUUGAACGUUUUCUAUGAUGAAAAUGAAAUUAAGUGAAAAUCUCUUAUUUUCAUCCUAAGGUCCUGAUGACAGCGUGCACGAUGCCGAGCGAUUACGGGGCGGAACUCAUGCUUGGGUCAUCUCCAGUCAUGGGCUCUGGCUUCCAUGGAACAGGAUCUUCCUUCUUCUCAGAGUACCCGCGCUGCGGUAGCCCCAGCUCCAUGUGGGGGGACCAAGGAUCCUACUACCCCAGUCCUCUCACAGGCAGCUACUCCGACCUCAAUGCCCCAGACCCCUGCAGAAGUUUUGCCAGAACCGGAUCACUCAGACGGCCUAAGAAAUUGAACAAAAUAAAGAAAGAUUUUCCAAAGCCGCUUCUUCUAACUAUACCUGCCAAGUCUAUAUUGAGAUCUCCCGACGAAUUCCCUCAAGAAGAAGAUGCAGUAGCCACAUCGCCCAAUCGCGAAAAGAAAAGAGUUGCGUUCGCCGAUACCCUGGGUCACACAUUAGCUCAAAUCAAAGUUAUCACCGAGCGACCGGACUGUCCGCCCUUCUGGAGCGCAGAAUUCAUCGAAAAGGUGAAGGUUACUGGUGGGUUUUCAGCUGAGAAGCCCCCGAAUCGAUGGGAGUUGACUUUCUCUCAACCUGUCUCAGAUUAUAUGGGCUUCAAACUCCGUCUUGAUAGGGAAAACGUCGCACUCGAGAAUGUUGUCAUAGAAGAAACCCAAGGAAUAGUUAAAGGAACCGUUAAGGUUCGCAAUUUAUCGUUCCACAAGGACGUGUUAGUUCGUUACUCAAGCGACGCCUGGUUGUCGAGCAGGGAUGUGUCUGGUGUGUUCAUCCCUGCGCCAACAACGUCGGUCGCUUACGACCUUUACGACAGAUUUAGUUUUGAGAUCCCGCUCCCAGAGGCCAACCUAACCGACAAGCUGGAAUUCUGUGUUCGAUUCUCAUGUGAUGGAAGAGAAUACUGGGACAACAAUAGUGGGCGAAAUUACGUGGCUAUUUCAUUCAGAUCAAAAAAUGACGAGAAGAAAAACAAAACUAAUGAUGCUUAUCAAUUAAGCUUAGACUCGUGGACCGAGUUUGCAUCUUGGAAUCACCUAAGCUUGGACGAUUCCCCGUACUGGUAGCAUCCAGCAGUGACGGUCGCUUGUUGAUGCCAAGUUCGCCUUCAGUGCCUUUGACAGAAGCUCGUCCAGUUCUUUGACACUCAACGUGCCUUGUUGUGACCGAGAUAGAUACGUUUUUCAUCUCCGAGUUUACGUACACUUUGUGAGUGAGAGUAAGGACUUAAAAUAGUGAUUUUUCGUGACAGCUUGGACUCGAGGUGAUGGUAUAGUCAAGUGCUUCAGCCUGUGAAGGAAGUGUUCGACGAAGCCCAAAUCGGACGUCAGACGAUUGUGGAAACUAGGCUGUGAUCCAUGAAGAAAAGUUGAUGCCCAUGUGAAAAGAGAGUGUAAAUGUUAUCUCCUUGUAUUUAAACGUGUUUUUUGUCGGUGUAAGCAGUGGGUGCAUUCUCCGUGCCUCCCUAGAUACUAUAACCCAAUAUCCUCGUCGCCGUUGGAAGUUAAUAAUCCACCUAAUCGGUGAAUCUUGGUCGGUCGAGUGUUACUGUUUUAUCUCGCUGAUCGAGGAAGUACAAAGCUACUCCCAGACUGACAUAACAGUGGUCGCGAGUACAAGUUCUGUUAUGUUGGUCACUUGGAUCUCCCUCUCGAAGUCCUCGACAACGCUUGAAGUAAAGUUCCUCGCAACAUAUGGCGUCGCCACUUGAAGACGGCUCGUGAGGGCGCUCAUAUCGAGAGGUCAUGCAAGCCGACUCAGCAACUGGACUACGUUAGUUCAAUUCGUCUCCUUCCAUUCUUUGUAAAAUAAAUCAUUCAGUUGCACCUUAAAAAAAAAUUUUUCCACAGCCGACUCAAAGUUUCAUGUAAAGAUCUCCGUUGAAUUAACUAUCGGAAAUAGGGCGAAUUUAUCGUGCAACGUCUUCUGAGAUAAGAGAUGUUUGUGAGUGGAAAAGGAUGAAGUCCUUUGGAAAAUGUGCUUUUCAUUUGUGUCGCAGACCGUAUAGGAAUUUUGGAAUGUUCUUGAUAUUUUUUAUUCGUGUUUUGCUACUCGCUUAUGUCGAGAUUUGUUAAUCAUAACUACUGAAGAGACUUGUUUCGUCCUCUUGAAAUGUGAACCUACUGAUUCAUUAAGAAGCUUCGUGCUUACACCGAAGCCUUGGUGAUGGUCUUACAUGUAUUUCAAGUCCAUCACCACAAUUGAAGAAAUGAGUGCGACUGUCAAAUAGUGAUGCACAUUUGGCCUUUGUGCGGGUCAUCUUGGCUCAGCUGGGCUCACCAAAAAGGCGUAUCAGUGAUACGUCCGCUCUCUUGUGCUGUGACUAAGAAAAUGCGUCACUGUUUUGACAACAUGACCCAA